AUGCUCCAUCUUCUCCGCCCCGUCCCGUCGUCAUCUCAACUUUCCGUCACGCCCUCUGUGAUAUCCACCAUCACGACCGCCGCGCAAGAGAAAAUGAUGAGCGGACGUCCGUGCAAAGAUAACAACUACUGGGGCUUCUGCAAAGGCGCCUGGGCAACCCGCGAAGAUGAAAGUAAGGGUCUUGUUCUCAUAUCAAGACCAGAAGGGAUGUUCAAGUCAAGUCAGGCAUGGCAAUGCCGCCACUGCCUUUUCGAAGGUCUGUCAUGCAGCGUCCCGCAUCCGACUAAGAAAAACAAAAAGGAGGCUAUUCUCGAUGACCAGAUUCGUACUUCUACGAUGGGGAUCCGAUAUCGUUGGUCUUUCCUGGCAAAGUCGCACGUCAAGAAGACUAGCUACUCAGUUGGUGGGCGGAAUGGUGCGGGUGAGGAAACGGAGUGUAACUUUGGCUGCGUCAUUUGCAGUGUGGAGGGCAAUGUGACUGGCAUCUACGGCAGUGCGGAAGCGCUCAUGGAUCACAUCGCGAAUGAGCAUGUUUAUGCCGGAAAUAUGAACCAUAUGACCAUGAUGAGGAGUAAGGUCAUUGUUGGGCGGACCGCGGGGGAAGGGGAAGAAUGGGACGUCAAUAUUCCGAGCCAGGAGUCCUUGAUUUUCUAA